CUUGACCGCUGAGUUCCUCCAGCAGAUUAUUGCUCCAGAUUCCAGCAUCUGAAGUCUGUUGUGUCUUGAUUGAACUUCUGGUCUGUUUUUAACUGAGACAGCAUUUCGGUACUAUAAAUGGCCUUCAGAUUUUCAGAUACCUUUUCAUUGAGCAACCUGUCCUAGAAAUGAACCGUGGACAAAGCUGGGAUGAAGAUGUGGAAUCUGAAGGAAAUCUUGAAUUAUCAGCUUCUAAUACAGGUCCAAAAGGAGUGAUCAAUGACUGGAGAAAGUUUAAACUAGAGAGCGAGGACCAUGAAUCUUCUUCAGAUAAAAAGCAACUCCUUAGACAACUGUCAUCACCAUACCGCUCUUUCAGUAAGGAGGACAAAGACAGUCGAAAGAAAUUCAGUCGAAAGAUGAGUGUACAGGAAUAUGAAAUGAUUCAGGAUGAGGAAGAUGAGACUUGUCUUCGUAAGUACCGCAAGCAAUGCAUGCGGGAGAUGCACCAGCAACUAAGCUUUGGCCCUCAGUUUGGUGUAGUUUAUGAGCUUGAGAAUGGGGAGCAAUUCUUGGAAGUGAUUGAAAAGGAAUUGAAAAAAACCACCGUGAUGGUGAACGUUUACGAGGAUGGAGUGAAGGGAUGCGAGUCCUUGAUCAACUGCUUAACAUGCCUUGCUUUGGAAUAUCCCUUGGUUAAGUUCUGUAAAAUAAAGGCCUCCAACACUGGAGCUAGUGACCGAUUCUCUGAUCAUAUUCUACCAGCGUUACUAGUGUACAAGGCAGGAGAGCUAAUUGGCAACUUCCUUCACAUUACCGAGCAGCUGGGUGAAGAAUUCUUUGCGGUGGAUGUUGAAACCUUUCUAAAUGAAUAUGGCCUUUUGCCAGAAAAGGAGUUCACUGCUUGCGAAAAUGCUAGUGAUGGCAGUGAUGUAGAUAUUGAAUGAAUGCCGGUAUAGUGGAGCCCAACUCAGAUUAGUCCCAGGUACAUAAAUGUUAUAAAAGAACCUGAUGCACAUUUUGCAAUAAUAUUCCAAUACCUCUGUAAUGCUUUGAUUUCUAUACGUGGACUUACAAGUAUGUAUACUAACCCGUUAGAAGGAACAGAUCAUGGUUACUUGAGCUUAGCCGCUAUGCAAUAUUAUCUGUGCUUCGGCAUACAUAUUCCCUAUAAGCUUGUUUCCCCGAUAGUCUGAAGAUCUAUUUUCUCCAGCUUUGAAUAUACUUAAUGACUGAGCCUCUUACAUCUUUCUGGGGUAGAAAAUUCUAAAGAUUCACAUCUCUGGGAGAAGAAAAUUACUUCUCAUCUCAAUUUUGUCAAUCUCUUAUUUUGAGAUUAUCCCCAUUGGCACUCUUCCCUUUUCCUUUCUUCACUUAAAUAAAGAGAAAAUUAGAUUAUUGUUCAUUGCACAUUAAGUAUUACAUAUUGUUAUUCCACUACACAUUCACAGCAUUCUGAUGGAAAGAUACUAUAUUUUGCACAUGUUCAGGUAUGCAAAGGCAGCAAAAAUUUGUUCCAGCCAUCAAAAGCAAUGGUUACAAUGCAAAAUUGAUGUCCUAAUUAAACCUGGGUUAAUCUUCACCUUACUUUCACUGUAAAUAGAGAAAAGUAGAAACAUUGAAAAUAGGAGCAAGAACUGGCCAUGCAGUCCUUUGAGCCUGUUCUGCCAUUCAGUGUUGGCAGGUCACCUAUUUCAAUACUACUUUCUUACUCUCUCCCUCUACCACUUAUUGUGAAAGCUUACAUUAUAAAACUUUGGUUAUCAAAAAAAAAUUAAGACUUGUAAAAUUGAGUGCAGAAGCUCUGCCUCUGACUUGGCCAUUACAAAUGAGUCUAUGGGGAUCCUCUCUUGAAACCAGUUAUACAUCCUGUAGAUCAGAAACAAGGUAAUUUUUUGUUCUGUUUAACAAUGUUUGGGUACGCUGUGACACAGCUUGUUUGUUCCUUCCUUGUUUCCACUUCAGGUACACUGUGGAGUUUUGA